AUGCAGGGUCGAUUGGUGCACCCAUUGCUCAUUACGACAUUAUUCCUUGUAAAUACCUGUCUCUGCCAAACGCCGGUCAUCGGUGGUACCUGCCGACUGGGCACUGCUGACGUACAAAUCGGCGGUAAACAAACGCAGUUCUUCCUCAAAUGUGAAGCGACAUCCGAUAGUGCUGCCGGCGAAGGAGUUUGGGUGGUCAAGUCUCGAGCGGCAGCCGCCGCAUCCACUUCGUCAACCGUUGGGACGACGACAAGUUCGUUUACGGUCAAUCAGGCGAUCCCAAUCGAGAACACUCAACCACAACAACAUCCAAAACUCAUGCGCAAGCAGGGCGCACCUAAUAUUUGCGAACAAGACUUGGGUGCUCGAGAAUCAGAUUCGUGUGCUGUUUCGGCAACCUGUCUACAGGCUGCUACCGAUGUGCCGUCCAGUUAUCUGCAAUGUGACCAAUCAUCGCUUCGAUGGGUGAGAAAAUCAUGCCAAGAUGGUUUUGUGUUCAAUUUCGAACAGCAAACCUGUAUAGUACCAAAGCGAAUGAGUUCGCUAUCACCACCGUGUGACAUGCCGAACGCCUCCUGUGCCGAUUCAACAGAAUGCCCUCCCACAUUUACUUGCUUCAACAAAUGCUGUCGUUUGGAAGUAUGCCCGAAUGGCGCCAAGGUCCUGUUCACCUGCACAAAUAUCUAUCAAUGCCGGUCAGGCGAAACGUGCCUUUUCGGUGGUUGUUGUCGGCUGAAACGUGCAAAGGCAUCACCUGAGAGUUCCGAGAAGCAAAACAAGAUCACCGAUGUUGCCGUAGACUUGCAAGUGAUACAGGAUCCUUACAAGUCUCAAGCGCAGCAGCUAUUAGAGUCCGCUUACUCUGAUGGUAUUCAGUCAGUACUAACGAAAAUGUCAGCGAAUGUGUUACCGUCAUCGAAGAAGAUAACAUCACAAGGUCCUCACAUGCCUGCUUUUGCACCCACGGACGACUGCCUAUUAGACAAUCGUGUGCGUUCGUGCAGUCUCAGCAACCCUUGUCCAGAAAUCAGCGAAUGUAUGGACGGGCAAUGCUGCAGGUUGGAGGAGAAACGUUGCCGAAACGGGCUGCGACCGUUGAUGUUGCCGAAGAUGUGCCGUAAAUCCGACGAGUGCCCCAUAGCAUCGUUUUGUGAGGACAGUACAUGCUGCCCACUCGACAGCAAUUUUAUGGAUCAACCGAUGAACACGAAGAAGACUCUUUUCUGGAAUGAAAAGUCGCUCAUGAAGAAGUCCAAGAACAUCACCAGCCAUGUUGAUUCCAACUUUGCCAUAAGAAAGCUGCAAUGCCUAAUGAAUCAAGGAUGUUUGAUGGGCGCCCUCUGUCCACUAGGGUUCACUUGCACAUUGGAUGGACGAUGUUGUCAAUUACCUGCCAGCUGCCCGGAUGGCUCGAUACCUGAAGCCAUGUGUGGGGGCAUGGCGAUGUGCCCAAGUCCGAUGCACAUCUGCUACACGUUGGGCGAAAGAAUGAACAUUUGCUGCAUGAGAGGAGAUUCUCCUGUUGAAUCAGCAUGCCCUCCGGGCAGUGUCGAGGACAGCAAGCGAAUGGACUACUGUGCACGUUCUCGUCGUGCUCCAACACAAAUCCAUGCUCCGUUGGAACUUGUAACAAUGCACGAUUACAACCCAUCCCAUCUAACCUACAGCAUGGUUCCAGCACGAACACAACACUCACGCACCAUUAGGUCACUAACCGAAGCCAACAACGUCAAAUCGAAAGAACUCGAAGAGAACGAUUGGCCAAUCGGACCGCCAGGUUAUGGGUUCCCCGAACAUCUUGCAAAUCUUGACGCGGUGCUCGUCAAAGCCGCUGGAGAUGGUAGUAGCUGUGCUGGUGGUUUCAACAGUACGUUACGGUGUUCGACUGACGGUCUAUGUCCACCGGGGCUAUCUUGCGACGCAUCAUUGAAUGCGUGCUGUCCGCUGGUUCUUCCACUGAUUGACGCCAACACUGUUCCACAGAGUAUCGAGUCGUGGAAAAACGAAUUCCUCGGAUCGCCUGCCCCACAGACGACCGACGAAUAUUCCUCUGAUACCAACAGGAGGAAACAUUCCCGACCCUGUCGACGAUAUCCAUGCAUGCCACCAGUGCCGAUCGCAUCCUCAAAUUGUGUUGGUUGCGUCCAGGCCGCUCCUCCGCAACUCUUCGCUCUACCAGCUGCUACCUGUCCUGGAGGAGGCUUCCCUGUCGGUCAAUGUAACGCUGGAUUCUGUUCACCUGGAUUCUCAUGCAUACAGAAUGUUUGCUGCCCUCAGUAUGCGCCUCCUAGGAUUCAAAUGCCAGUGUUCGCGUGCCCAUCUGGAUCUCCUGCCGUUGGUGGAUGUAUCAAUGGUGCUUGUGCUACUGGCUACUCCUGCAUCCAAAACCAAUGCUGUGCUACCCCCGUCACGAAGAAUCCUUUCGUUUGCCCGAACGGUAACCAAGCCGCUGGUGGUUGCGUAAACGGACAGUGUGGAGCUGGCUACACAUGCCAGAACGGUCUCUGCUGUCUUGGUGGAUCAUCAUCAGCCGUGCGAUGCUUGGAUGGCUCAGAAGCCGUCGGCGCUUGCAUCCCGUCUUGCCAAGGAGGAAACUGUGGAGCCGUUCAGAUUUCCUACUACUGUGGUUCAGGAUACACUUGCACAACUGGAAACAUCUGCUGUCCUGUCACAAGCUGCCCACAGGGAGGUGAACCAAUCGGUCCACCAGUGAACGGUCUCUGUCCUGCAGGAUACAACCUACAAGGCAGUCUUUGCUGCAGUAAUGUCGCUGCUACUUGUCCAGAUGGAAGCGCAGGAACUCCUCCGGUCAAUGGUCUCUGCCCGACAGGCACCACUUUGACCGGAACUGUCUGUUGUCCGUCAACAGCUUCUACAGUACUCGUGGGCAACUGUGAAGUAGCUUCAAUGGGAAUAGGUCCAUGUACCGCUGCUGGAUGCGGUGUCGGAUACGCGUGUGACAACGAUCCGACGAAUCCACAAUGCUGUCCAGUUGUCAACUACCAAGAUCCACAAUAUCAAAUUGGACCUGCCGUCUCGGGAAUGUGCCCAGUUGGUUACGUGGCAGUAUAUCCGCCAUCUAGUGCCAAUGCCGACGGAACUAACGAUGGUGUCUGUGUGGAUCUUCAAACUGUGCCGAAUCUGUGUGCCGCCGCUGUACAAGCUGGUCCAUGCAAUAAUGGAGCUUGUCAGACCGGAUACACCUGUAACACGUACGCGGACAUUUGCUGUCCAACAACGACGGCCUUCGGACGACUCAACACCGCCCUCAAGAAGCGGCCAACAUACGGACGACCGCUUCACAGUUAUAUGCCACCUCGUGCAAAUUCGUGCAGUGACGGUUCGAAGCCGGCUGGAGGUUGUAUAAACGGUCUGUGUGGUGUUGGUCAUGAAUGUCAGAACGGUCUGUGUUGUCCUCCUGUCCAACAACAGGGAUCAAAUCUGAAAAGCAUGUGUCCGAACGGUGAGCUGGCUGUGAGCGGUUGUUUCUCAAACGGUCGUUGUGGUGCCGAGUUCGAGUGCGUCUCGAGCAUCGGUCUGUGCUGUCCGCCUGGAGGAAACGACAUCAUCGCGCCAUCAUCGCAACAUACCAUUCGUCCGAUCGGCGGACGAUGCCUUAGCGAUGCGGAAUGUGUGGGGCACACGGAAGGAUUGUCGCUGUGCCACGCAGGAGUCUGUCAAUGUUCGCCUAUUGCUUACUCGCAGGGUAUUGCAUGUGUUCGACGUAAACAUCUAAAAAUGAAUGAUUCACCGAUGGAGACCGAAAUGGAAAAGGAGGAGAAGACGUCGUUAAUUGUUUAA